AAGAGCUCAGAUUACAUCUCAACGUCCAGUCGAGGUGACUCCUAGACAUCCAAAUGGGGAGUUUGAAGGUUUGUGUGGCUGUGUCCAGCUGGAGCACAUUAGAAUCGGGCUGGGUGUGUGCAUCUGUGGGUCACGAGGUGAUGAGGAGUCUUUUUAAGCCACCGGAGGAAAUGAAAUCAUCAAAGGAGGGGAUGAGGCCAAGAAUGAAGGCUUCGGAGGCCGUCCAAGAUGAAGAGGCCAGAGAGGUAGAUAAAGAAGCCUAGAACAAGCAUAAGGGGGUACAGGGCCACAGCACAGGUCGUGUGAGACCGCUUGGAACGGACCCCUGGAUUUCACGGUGUGUGUCCAUGUUUAGAGCAGUGUUUCAGAAGAAAGAGAAGAUAGGAGAGCAAUCAGCAGCAACAAGUGUAGGCUAUUCUUUUCCAGAUUUGACCACUAAAGGAGUAAAACUGAUGUAGGAAAUAUGGCUACAGGGCCCUCUGUUCUGCGACAGUGGUGGAUGGACAGUGUGUUUGUACGGACAGAAAUGGUCCAAUGAGGAAGAGAAAACAGAGAUACAGGGAGAGAAAUGCUGGUAAAAGGUUUGAAUCGGAAUACCUCUAAUCGACCUUGGACAUGGCACUUUCUCACAGGUUGUUCCGUACUGACCUGCUUUCCUCGUUUCUUUAACCUAUACGUACUUAUCUCCUGGGCUGGUAGACAAAGAUCUCGUGAGGCUCUACAGCAACUGUGCAGUAAACGGGUCAGCAUGCCAGUGGGGCUCACUCCUCCAAAGCAGACGGAGUUCUGAAGGGCUAAUGUCGCCUCGCUCUGAGGACUGGCCUGUCUGCCUGUCCAUCUCUCUUUCUUUCUUUUUGGCAGUUUCCUCAUAUAAACAUCACACAAAACCGAUGAAAAUGGACAGAAGCAGCUGGGAUCUGAACAUCCGGUCACAUGACAUGCUGAAGAUCUUUAGGAAGGAGAAAACGAAUUUUAUUUUUAAGCCUUCAGAUGCUUCUUGGUUGCAGGAAAAGAAAAGAGAAAGUAACUAAGUCAGAACGAGUCAUAAACAGCAAUAGGGCCAGCUAAGGGGUGUGUCAGGGAUUAGACUUUAACCCAUGUUGGAGACCAGAGUUCAUAACUGCACCCAGCGUGUCAGCGGUUCAGUGAGUGUGCAACGGCUGAGUCUAAAUCAGAGAAAGGCAAAUCUGUAACUGUGUGAAUACAGAUAUGAUAGCACCUUCCAGUCUGUUCUCUGCUGCUGCUGCUGCUCCAUGCAGAAGAGGCAAGUAAGAACACAGAUAAGCCUCAGUAAAAACGAAGAACCUGCAGAAAAUUAUUCCCAGCGUCACAGGCCAUGGCUUGACAAGUUGAAGAACAAAAAGCAAUCCAACAGAGGAGGGGCGCAACCCUCAAAACGCAAGCCGCUGCCUCCCCUCCCGCUCUCAGUGCUUGUUGAAGAGAGGAUCCAGGUCAAGGCUCUCUAUGAUUUCAUGCCCCGGGAGCCCUGCAAUUUGGCACUGAAGAGAGCAGAGGAAUACUUGAUAUUGGAGAGAUGUGAUCCUCACUGGUGGAAGGCCAGGGACCGUCUGGGGAAUGAAGGCUUAAUCCCAAGCAACUACGUGACAGAAAACAGAGUCACCAAUUUAGAAAUAUAUGAAUGGUAUCAUAAGAACAUUACAAGAAACCAGACGGAACGCCUGCUGAGGCAAGAGGCUAAAGAAGGUGCAUUUAUUGUGAGGGAUUCAAGACAUUUGGGGUCUUAUACAAUUUCUGUGUUUACAAAAGCUGGAAGACACACAGAGUCUUCAAUAAAACAUUAUCAGAUUAAAAAGAAUGACUCGGGACAAUGGUAUGUCGCCGAGAGACACCUCUUUUCAUCAGUCCCAGAGCUGAUCCAGUAUCACCAGUACAAUGCCGCUGGUCUCAUGUCCCGUCUCCGCUAUCCAGUUGGGCUCCUGGGCAGCUGUUUACCAGCCACAGCUGGUUUUAGCUAUGAAAAGUGGGAGAUAGACCCGUCUGAGUUGACCUUUGUCAAGGAGAUUGGAAGUGGUCAGUUUGGGGUAGUCCACCUAGGAGAAUGGAGAGCCCACAUCCGGGUCGCCAUCAAGGCCAUCAAUGAAGGUUCCAUGUCCGAAGAGGAUUUCAUCGAAGAAGCCAAAGUGAUGAUGAAACUGUCACACUCGAGGCUGGUUCAGCUCUAUGGGGUGUGCAUACAGCAGAAGCCCCUCUACAUAGUGACAGAGUUCAUGGAAAAUGGCUGCCUGCUCAACUACCUGCGGGAGAGGAAAGGCACGCUGCGGAAGGCCUUGCUCUUGAGCGUGUGUCAGGACAUCUGUGAAGGGAUGGCGUACCUGGAGAGGAGCUGCUAUAUCCACAGGGAUCUGGCAGCAAGGAACUGUUUGGUCAGCUCUUCCUGUGUGGUAAAGAUCUCAGACUUCGGGAUGACGAGGUACGUUUUGGAUGAUGAAUACAUCAGUUCCUCUGGAGCUAAGUUCCCAGUCAAGUGGUCCCCGCCUGAAGUCUUCCAUUUUAACAAGUACAGCAGCAAAUCUGAUGUCUGGUCAUUUGGAGUUCUAAUGUGGGAAGUUUUUACAGAAGGGAAAAUGCCUUUUGAAAAUAAGUCCAAUCUGCAAGUGGUGGAAGCCAUUUCUAAAGGGUUCCGCCUGUAUCGCCCUCACCUGGCCCCCAUGUCCAUCUAUGGAGUUAUGUACAGCUGUUGGCAUGAGAACCCUAAAAGUCGCCCGACAUUUGCCGAACUGCUUCAGGUUCUCACAGAAAUUGCCGAAACCUGGUGACCUGAAAUGGAAUGCCAGCCCACAGGGUCAUCUUGCAAACCUGUCACAAGGUGAAAUCAUGGGCGUCACUGACAGCGAGUAUCUUCCAUUAGGGUUAUUGACGCUUGGCAACGGAGCAAAACGGUCACAGGCUUUCCACACGGAUUUCAAUACAAAAUAUUCUGAUCGUCUUUCUACACAUGCGGGAGGGAUUUUGAAGUCCACUAUCUGUCACAUCCCAUAUGUGAAGGAAGCAGACAACAUCAGCCUUCCAAGUGGUUUCUUCAUGAAAGGCACCCUCAGAAUCCUUGAAUAUACAUGAAACCCUGAUUCUUCAUAAGGCUAAGGCAACUUAUGGACUAAAGAAGCUCUCUUAGGGUUUCUAUCACUGUGAAGAGACACCAUGACCACAGCAACAUUUAAUCGAGGUGGUGGCUUACAGUUCCAGAGGUUUAGUCCAUUAUCAUCGUGGUGGGGAGCAUGGCAGUGUGCAGGCAGACAUGGUGCUGGAGAAGGAGCUGCUACAUGUUGAUAUGCAGGCAACAGGAAGUAGACUGAGUGUAACACUGAAUGAAGCUUGAGCAAAAGAGACCUCAAAGUCUGCCCACACAGUGACAAUCUUCCUCCAACAAGGUCACACCUACUUCAACAAGGCCACACCUCCUAAUAGUGCCACUCCUUUUGGGGGACAUUUUCUUUCAAACCACCACAAAAGCCUCCCUACAGACUUUCAUGUUUGGGGCUAUAUCAAUGUUUAUAGAAAACAUAGCUUUGGAAACCUACGUAAACAUUCUAAAAAUGUCUCUUACAAUUUUGUUAUAUAUUAUUUAAUAAACUCUUUUAAUCUACAUAUCUGAUUAUUGUGGGGCAUAAUUUCUUGAAUUCUAGUUUUAGACACUGUUGAAAAUCUGAGCCAAAGUUCCCUUUUGAACAUAUCUUGAUAAAAUUUCCAUUUCUAAUGCUAUCUGCUGUUUGGAGAAUCCAGAGCCCAGUUUUAGUUCUGAUAUUUCACCCUUUGUUUAUGU